AGCCAUGAAGGGGCAGACUGUUGCUGACUUACUCCUACAGGACCCCAGACUGCUCUUGGUCCGCUGUUUUCCCUCACCUGCUCCUCAGUUUUCUUUGUGUGCGUGUUAUUUUGUGUGUGUGUCUUGGUAGCACUGUUUUGUGGGAAAGGAAUGGGUGACUGUAUCUGUAAUCCACUAUGAGGGAUUGACAUUUUUGAGAGGACGGCUGAUAGCUACUUGACAGAGCGACAGUUUAUCUGUGACGAGACCAAGGCUCUAAUGGAACUCACAGCCUUGUGAUCUGCAACGGGGAGUCAAUUGUCAGCGGCGAUGGGUCAAUCCGAGGGUCAGGAAAGCAGAUGUGGUAUUAACAGCCCUGACCCCCUGGUACGAGAAGCCUAUCUGAUGCUCCAUGACUAUAUCGACUAUGUGACCACUGGCCCUGAUGGUCAAAUAGGCCCACCUCCAACUGCCACUGCCGCAGCCCUGCGCCACGCUGGGGAUGAGCUGCUUACCAGGUUCCCCAUCUUCUUCAUGCGCUGGCCACGUGUGUUCCAGGACGUGACCGAGGUCUCCGCCUGCCCCAUGCUCACUGCCAUUUUGGACGAGCACUUUGCACCCACCACCAGCGGGGGGCGCCGACGAGACCUGGCCUGGAGCGCAGUACUGUCUGUGUAUGUGCUGGCUGGCCAGAUGGCCCUGCACUGCCAAGAGAAGGGCAUGGAGAGAAUCCUGCCCCAGCUUAAGGAGUGCGUGGGGGGUUAUGUGGAGAGGGUCAUCUGUCCGGAGAUUAGGGAAAAGGGUGGAUGGACAGGUUUUGUGUCCCGCUUUGGCCCAAAGCAGGACUUGGAGAGCCAGGUGAAGAAGGUGUGUUGCUGGACUCUACUGCUAUUAAUCACCAGUAUCCUAUUUUAUGUUGUUUGGAAAAGAAGAACUUCUUAAAACAUCCCUUACAUUGUCACUGUAAUCAUAGCUCCAAAAGUCUGCUCGUUUAAUAAAUAUUUUCCUAAGGCAUAUCUUCCAAA